AUGUCUUCUUCAACUAGUACGCAGGGCCCUCUUUCUUCCGAGUCUGACCAUGAAGACCGUGACUCUUCUAAGUCUUCUGAUCCAACUUCUCCCGAUCUGAAUUCCCCUGAUCUGAAAUCCCAGGAUCCCACUUCUCCUGAUCCGACUUUUUCUGCUCAGACAGACGAUGCAGGUGCGGUGGUCCCAAUAAACUCGCCCUCGAGCUCUCGUAUUCCCGCUCCAGGUACCUCGCGCCGUCACUUGACAAAUGAGGAGUUUUUAGUCAACGCCUUCAAGGCAUUGGACCAAGAGAAGCUCAAAAUUGACUAUUACAAGUUGGCGGGUCUAUGUGGCAUCAUACAAAAGUCAGCUGGCAUUCGUUGGGGCUCCUUGCGCAGAAAGCAUGGUCUGACAAUCAAAGGCUUCUAUACGGAUGAAACCUUGGAUGAUGCGGAUGAUGCGAAUGGCGCGGAUGAUGCAGACGAUGCAUAG